AUUUGCGUUUUUUCAGAUGGAUUAACUGUGUUUCUCAUGUGUAUUACGCAUAAGUAGCUUCUUAAAAUCAUCGUUUAAUUUCAAGAAACGAUGGAAACGGCGGGCUAAGAUUACCCGCGGAAGAGGCGGGAUGGAUUUUGACGAAUUUCUGCCGGACAUUGGAGAAUUCGGAAAGUACCAAAAACUACUGCUUUGGGUAGUCCUUUUGCCAUGUUUCGUUCCGUGUGGGUUUCACGCUUACAAUCAACUUUUCAUGGCAUUCGUGCCUGAUCACUGGUGCAAGAUUCCGGAACUCGACGCUGCUGGUUACACUCCUGAGGUGCAGAGGAAGCUAAGCAUUCCGAAAGAGAAAUUGGUGGAUGGCUCCGAAAUUCACAGUAAAUGCAGACGUUAUGACGUAAAUUUCACCGAAAUCGUGCUCGAACUCGAAAAAUCUGGAAAAUUUGAUUCCUUUCAACCGAAUUCAUCAUGGCUCACGACAUCCUGUAACAGUGGCUGGCAUUUCGAUGGGGACGCUGUGGAAAAUGGCCUCAGUAUUGUAUCUGACUGGGACAUCGUUUGCGACAAAGAUGUAUAUCCAACGUUGGCUUUGGUGCUUUUCAAUGUCGCAGGCUUGAUUGGAAACUAUUUAUUGGGCUAUUUACAAGACAGAAUUGGGAGAAGGCCAGCUUUCUUCAUAUUCCUAUCAAUUCAGUGCUUGUUUGGAUUGGCAACUGCGAUGGCCUUUGACUUUAUCUCAUGGCUGGUGUUCCGCAUUGGAGUGGGAUUCACUGUUCCUGCCAUCAUGGGCACUCCUUUGGUGAUGUGUAUUGAGAUGGUGGGACCGAGCAAGAGAACUUUCACUAUGCUUGUGGCGAAUGUGGCUUACUCAGCCUGCCUCGUGUUGCUUGCUGGCGUUGUUUGGCUCGUUCGUCCCUGGAGACAGAUGGCGCUGGCAACAACCAUCCCGUUCUUGUCGUUUUUCCUCUACUGGUGGGUAUUACCGGAGUCGCCGAGAUGGUUGUUGGCACACGGAAGAACUCGCGAGGCAGCCAAAAUAAUGCGUCUCAUGGGGAAAAUGAAUGGCAAGACUUUGCCGGAUGAUUAUGAGGAUUUCCUUGAGGAAAAACAAGCUAAGCUGAACCACAAAACUGAACUGCCUUCGAAAACCGAUGAUGUGCAGAAUACAACAUGUCCAGAUGCAAUGGAGAAAACUGUGACUAAAGAGAAGAAAGGCAGUCGGCAUUACGGCAUUUCCGACUUAUUUCGCACUCCGAAUAUGAUGAGGAAGACACUGAUCAUCACAUUCAUUUGGUUCACAAACACGAGUGUGUAUGUCGGUUUGUCAUACUAUGCUCCAGUGCUUGGAGGAGAUGAGUAUCUCAAUUUCUUUCUCGCUGGAGCUGCAGAAAUCCCUACUUACUUCUUCCUCUGGCCCACCAUGGACUGUUGGGGCCGAAGAUGGACCCUGGCAUUUUCCAUGAUAGUCGGCGGAAUCGCUUGUUUGACGACUUUUCUCUUUCAAGGAGACUAUGUAACCACGCUGGUGCUUUACUGCAUGGGGAAAUUCGGAAUAUCAGCUUCGUUUGUGGUCCUGCCACUGAUGGCUUCUGAAUUAUACCCGACUGUUGUCCGAGGCCUGGGCUUAUCAUUUUCCGGAGUCGCGGGAAUGAUCGGACCGAUCAUCAUACCAUUGAUCAACUAUCUGGGAUCCGAGUUUUUAGUGCUUCCUUUGAUGAUCAUGGGUGUUUUGCUCGUGUUGGGAGGCUUCGGUGGCCUUGCAUUGCCGGAAACAUUGCACCAGCAUCUGCCUCAAACACUCGAAGAAGGCGAAGCCUUUGGUGCAGACUUUUCCAUGCGUGAUCUCCUCAAGUGUUGCCCGGAUAAACCAUCUCAAGGCAAAAAGGAAACAGGAGCAGUGAAUAAACAUACUGGAGCAGCAGAAGCAGAAUGUCAUGGUCUGGUGUUGCGAGGAAAUGAUGAAGAGAUGGCUGUUCAGUGUCCGGACUCUCCGGAGUCUCGCUGAGGCGACGAGAUUUAUGACUCCGAGACGUCGAAUGCGAAAACCCCAGCAGCAGGAGCAGCCUGGAAAUUGAUGCGUUUCGGCUUUGUUUUCUUUUGCGCUUAUACAUACGAACGCGCCUUAUCCUUUUCUGUCGAGGACGCAUUUCUGCUUAUUAUAAUUUUUUUUUGCAAAUGCCAAUAAUGGAGAUAUUCUCAAUACAAUAUAAUUUUGAUUUAUUUUCCAACGAACUCAUCGGAAAUGCUUUAUUCAUGUUAUACAUGCGUGUUACUUUGGCCUCCGGAUUAUCAACAGUUGAUUAUUUCAUUGACUUGAUACGAACGCCAUUCGAGUGAUCAUAGAGACGAUUUGUGAUGAA